CGUCCCUUAUAUUAAAUAUCGUGCAGAUCUGUUUGAUCAAAAUCCGGCGGCCAGGGCCGACUACUACACACGAGAAUCCAUUUAUUUUAGUAUUUCGCCUGUCAGGAACAUCCCUUAUGAACAUAUAAAAGCUGGGCUAUGCCACCGUGUCUGGACUCCCGCAGUCCCCUUGGAUCUACUACUCCAAUGUAUACCCCAAGCACUCUCAAGCCAGCCGAAGUUGCUGUUGCUCUCGUCGAGCAAGCUGUAGCCAAGCACAACACGCGGUUAGACAAGACCUUCUUCAAGGCGGUAAGCAACAAGUACGCGCAUGUAUGGUUUAACAUCUCAAUCCUGCUAUUAGGUUCUUGCCGGUGUUAUGUUGUCCUUCGGUGGUCUCCUUGACCUCAUUAUUAGUGGUGGCUCUCCAGGUCUGACAGCUUCGAACCCCGGAAUUGUCAAGGUUCUC